AAAAAGUCUAUAUAUAUAUAUAUAUUUUAUCAUAAUGAUCUUUAAUGUUAUAUCAAAGAAAAAAAAAGAUUGUGUAAGGAUUGUAAAUAUGGAUGUAGAUGUAUAGCAAGAUUUAUAAGUAUAAAUGGUGUAGAAUAGAAAAUAAUUAUAUUUAUGUAUGCAUGUAGUUUACUAAUGAUUAAGCAAAUUUAUCCACAAGCAUAAUUAUAUUUGUAAUUUGUACAGGGUCAUUAUUUUAAUGACAACAUCUGUACAAUAUCGACACGUUAAAUACCAUAUACCACAAGCAGAUUUCAUAGAAGGCCAAUUUUAUUUUGGCAACUAACAAAUAAGUGUAGAAAUAGCAUAUGAAAAUAUAUUUUUUAGAUGUAUCCUUAAACACAAAUAAUACUCAGAUCUAAAAACAUUUUUAGUAUCUAUACAACGAGAAAUGUUAUGAAUUAAUAAGUGUAUGUACAUGAUCGCAACAUGCGUCAAAAUCAAGAAAAUAAUAUGCGAGCUACGUUAUAUAUAUCUGAUUUUAAUUUAUGAACUCUGCACAAAGGUUAUUAUGAUAGCUCUCACUGACAUAUUUUUUUGAAAAAUACAUUAGAGAGAAAAACUUCUUCAUGCAUAUCUGCAUUUAAUGGAACUCCUAUUGUAGAUAUAAUAUUAUUUUUAAUUUGUACAACAGUUGGCAUAUUCUGUGGACUACUAUGUUAAAUAAAAUAAAUGUCAAAGCAUAUUUUAAUCGUAAUACAAAUCAGUGAAGAAUUUAAUUAAUAUGUAUAUAGUAACCUUCAAAGUUUAUGAUCGUGAUAUAUCACUUAUAUAAAAAUAAAUUUCUUAAUAUAAUGCAUAAAUUAUUGACUGUACGUGUUAGCUUUCCCUCUUCUUUUAUUUUUAAUCUCACAUUAGAAUAUGAAUAUAUUUUCAAAUGCCAUUCAAAAUUUUGCAUCAAAAUAAAUGUUUAGAAACGAUUAAAAAUACAUUCUCUAAUUUUUUACCUCGUUAGAAGAUAGCUGAAGAACAAAUUGAAACAGUAGAUAACUAUUAAAUAAAUUCUUCCAUAAGUUACAAAUAGUUUUACUUUGUCAAACGAAACGUUUAUUUAUUUCCGAAAAGAAUUGAACUAACCAUUGUUGCGAUCGUUCAAUUGGACCAAUCGCGUUAAAGAGCUGAUAUGCGCACGCAUCUAAUUUUCCUCAUGUUGACAUGACGUAAAAUAACGGUGGCGGGAAAUGAAUUUGAAAAUAAUGUAUCGAAUGAUCGUUAGAUGGCAGAAAGGGUGGCAGAAAGCGACCGCGAAAAUGCGGUGUGCGGCUUCUCUUAGUCUGUCAGAGUAAACACAAAGAGAAACGAAACGGAGCGGCGCACGAGGUGCGCCGCCACACUCGCGACUCCGCGAGCUCGACAUUUCUUUCCUCCUUUCUCUUUCUUUUUUCUUUUCGAGUCUCAAUAACUCGAUAGAUCGAAAGAUAAGUUUCUUCGUCCUGAUAUACUUUACAGUGUUUACGCGCGUGUCGAAGGAGAGAGAGAGAGAGAGGGAGAGAAAGGGAAAGAGAAAGAGAGAGAAAGGAAAGAAGUAGAGACAGAGGUGUUUAACGUGGCACGCGUUCGAUGGUGUCAGUGAUCGAAGAAAUAGCUUAAUGUGUACAGGGUGGACGCGUGGUACGCUUGAAGCGUCCACAAAUGAUUACUGGAGCCGAGCUGAAGGAAGAUGUCAAACGCAUCGCCGUCGCGAGGACUCGUGAACGGUGAGAAGAACGAGCUCGGUGCUGCCGCUGCCACUGCUGCUCCCAGUGUCUUUCCUGGUCGUAGUGGUGGUGGUGAUGCCGCUGAUACUGUUUUCAAUGGUGGUGGUGGUGGCAGUGGGGGUGGCGGGGACGAUAGCGGGGACGAUGGUGGAACGGGCGGGGAAGAGGGAAAAAGAGAAGGCAAUGAAGGAUAUGUCGUUACCGUUUCUACCGAUGAGGGCGUCGUCGGCGUCGUCGGUCUGCACGACGCGAGUUUGGAUCCGCGAACGACGCCGGUAAAUUUUACUGAAAUACGUUCAUCGAGGGACGCUUUAACACUGGUUGACGAUCCCUAUUCCGAUGGCAACGCUAACAGCGCUCUCGAAUACCGCGAAGUGUGUUCUUUAACGAACGUCUCAUCGUUAUUGGGACUUGACGGUGGUAUCACGACGAACCCUGUUUCUACUACUGCUGCUGCUAUUACUACUACUACCACUACUACUAUUACUACUACUACUACUGCUGCUGUUGCUACUACUACUACUACUACUACUACUACUGCUGCUCCUACUACUAUUGCUACUGCUAUUAUUCCUGCUAUUACUAGCAUCGUCGCUACCACUACUAUUAUCGAAACGAAUACAAUAGCAAAACCGACUACGACGAUAAUAACAACAACAAUAACAACAACAUCAUCAACGACGAAAACAAAGACAAAAACGACGACGAAGACGACGACAGCAACGACGACGACGACGACGACAACAACGACGACGACGACGACGACGACGGCGCUGAGGGUCGCGACGUACGAUAACGACAACAUGGUCGCGGCGAUGAACGAACACUUAUCCACCUCGUUGGCGACGAGCGGUGCACGUACAAGUGCUUCCACGACAUCAACAACGGCUAGUAACGUCGCCCCGAGUAACAAUAACAACAACAAUAAUAAUAAUAACAAUAAUAAUAAUAACAACAACAACAACAGUAGUAGCUGUCCGCGGAACGAAUUCCAGAGUAACGUAGACGAAGAAAGCAAAUCUAUCGGCGGGAUACUCAGUUUUCCUACCGAUUUUGAUCACAUGUACGCCAGUAUGACCGACGGCGGGACGCCGGCUGCAGCUACGGCGACCUCCGCUCUCGGUGUAAGCCCCUUAAGGGGUAACGAGCCACGUCAGAACGAUUUAACUGAGGUCAAACACCUUAAAGAACUCUUAUUACUUCAUUUGGAUCUCAUUCAACAACAGUCCGAGCAAAUCGUCACUAAGGACAAACUCCUUGCUACCCUUCGACAGGAAAAUGAGACGCUCAAAUCGCGUUUGGAACGUAUAGAUAGACGAGUGAAUUUACAAAAGUUAAGAUCCGAAAGUAGUGAAAAUUCGAUUUUAUCAGAACAUAUAGGUGCAUGUUCUCCUCCUAGUUUAAAUUCAGUAACUGUACCAUCGACUAGUGAUAUUCACAAAAGUAUUCAAUCCGAAUCCAGUAAUACGCAGUAUAAUGAAAGUUUUAAAAUACGCUUGAAUACCAGUGGUGGAAUUACUACGGUCAAACAAGAAUGUAACGAUAAUCAAAUAAAACACGAAAAACAAGAAAUUGGCAACGAAUCUAGAUUAGAAUGGGAAGAAAAGAGAAAACGAAAAUCCGAUCCGACGCCUAUAACUACUGGCAUUAAAAGGAAAAGAGGAGUAUCUUGUUCGUCUACCAUUAGUAAUGAUACAACUUCAAUGGUACAAGAUAAACAAUUAAGUCACGAGAGUAGUCGAAAGGGAGAUAGUAGAAAAGGAAAAUCUCUCAUUAGAAAGGAAUCCUUUUUAACAACGGAAGAACAUUAUUAUACAGCAGUUGGUGAUCCGAAUUAUACAUUAAGUUUGAAAGAAUCAUCUCCGCCAGAUAUUAAUACAACAUUAGAAGUUCCCAAUUGGAGAAUUAAAGUAUAUACUAGCUGUUAUACGAUGGAAGGAACUGAAAAUCUUGACGAUGAAAUUUUUAAUAAAAGGCACUUAAAGUUGGAGAAUGACGAAAGGAGAAGAAAAAGAUGGGAUGUACAAAGGAUAAGAGAACAAAGGCAUAUAGAAAAAUUGAAACAAAGACAAGAGCGACAAAAUCAUCAAGCUACUUGUUAUAAUACAAAUCAUACCGGUCCAUGUCCAUCGAUGAUGGAAGAGGAAACUGUUACUUCUUUAUGGCCCGAUGUAGAACAAAUACAAAGCCUUCAAGUGGAUCAUCAAUUGCCAGUUACCGCAUUCGGUGCUCCUAUACCUAGUUUUACUUCAAGUGAAUUUUCUUUACCUUGGACUCAUGUGGUUCGAACUAAAAGUCGAUGUCCUAAAAGAUCUACAGGAAGAAGAAAAACAUCUAGAAGAUAAACUUUAUUUUGACGAAAGCUUUUUUUUUUAUGAAUCAUUUUUAAUUACAAAGUACUAUUGACGACUCAUCGUCACAUUUUUUUACAUAUUAUAUUUUGCUAUAUAGAAUGGUGGCACCAAAGACGUUUUUAUUAUAAUUUUUUUCUUAGUUUUUUUCUCUCUCUCUUUUUUUUUUAAAUAAAUGAUAUACCGAGUAUUGGAUUUUAAAUCAAAGAACUUUUUAUAUUUUUGGCAAUUCGAUAUUAACCGUGAAUAAUUUCUCUAUAUAUUAUUUUGUUAUAAUUGGUGCCGAUUGUUUUAUUCGUACUAAUGGUACUGUUAAGUUUGAUAAAACGUUAAUAAUAGUCAAUGAAUGUUAAUUUCGCAUACCUGAAACUUGUCUAAAAUUGUACAAAGUGAUUAAUGAACUAUUUAAAAGUUACAUUUAUUUUUUGUCAGUGAUUGUAUAAAGAUUAGUAUAAAAAAAAUGUACUAAAAAGAUAUAAUGUUAAGUAGAGUAUGUUAUAAAAUGAUAUUAUGUAGAACCAUAUUGCAUAAUUGUGAAUUUUAUGUAGCUCCAAUUAAUCAUAAUUUUCAAUUUUUUUAUCAUCAAUUUUUCUUUCUCUUUCAUUAUUUCAUUUAAUGACAAUUUUUUUAUAACAACUAAACGAUAUCAACCUGUCUUCUCUUAUAAUUAUGAUAAGGAUGAGUCACUUAAAUCAAAUGAUUCAUCCGCGUUACCCUUUAUAUACAUUAUUCUCAAACAAAAUACGCUCAUUUGUGUAUUUCCCUAUCAUCACUGUUAUAAAGAGAAAAUAUGAGAGAUCAAAAUAAAAUAUGUGUAUCAAUUUUGUACAAAUUA